ACUACUAUUUUUCUAGAGUUACUUGGUUAACAUAGCGUGUUACGCUGCUUGAAGCUAAUAUAUAGAGGCACGCACCCCUGCAAAAUUCGGGUUUGGAUCCGCCAAUUUCUUACUUCGGUAUACGUAGCGCUAUGUCGCUUACGUCACAAAUGGGUCAAAUGAAGAUUAAAGACCCCGCUGAGAUCGAGAGGCUCUUAAAGGAGAACAGCGACCUCAAACGACAGAUCGCUGGAGGCGGCGCCAGCUCCUCGUACCAGAUCCCGUACGAAGAUCUGGAGGUGCAAGAUCAGAUUGGGGGCGGUGGAUUCUCACUGGUGUAUCGAGGCUUCUGGAAGGGAACCCCAGUCGCGAUCAAAAAGUGGUUUGACCCCAAUCACUCGGAACAGAUGGUGCAGGAGUUCAGGGAGGAGGUGAUGACGCUGGCGGAGCUUCGACACCCCAAUGUGUUGCAGUUCCUGGGUGCCUGCAUGAAGCCGCCGCACCUGGCCAUGGUGACCGAGCACAUGCCCUUCACGCUGCACCACGUGCUGUACCAGGCUGGCGUGGACUUGGACCGGAAGAAGGUGGUGGGCCUGGCCCAGGACAUUGCCAGGGCUUUCAUCUACCUGCACUCACGGCGGCCGGCGAUUGUGCACCGGGACAUCAAGCCCGCGAAUUUCCUCGUUGACCGUGCCUGGAAAGUUAAGGUUUGUGACUUUGGACUUGCAUCCAACAGUAAGGCCCAAUCAGGGGCGGGAACACCGCAAUACAUGGCCCCCGAGCUGUGGGAGAACAAGGCCUACAACGAAAAGGUGGACGUGUACGCCUUCGGGGUGAUGUUGAACGAGCUGGUGGCCAAGGAGCCGCCUUUCAACGGCAUGCCGUUGGGAGAUGUGCGUGCGGCAGUGCUGGCGGGCAAGCGGCCGGACGUGCCGCUAUCCUGUUCCAAGGCUUUGACGGACAUCAUCAAGAAGUGCUGGGCGGCGGAAUCUGCGGCACGGCCUAGCUUUGUACAGAUCAACGACCUUCUCAAGGAAGCGGCCAAGACGCUGUAGUGGCUGUAGCGCUGACCGCUGGCUCAUCAAGCGCGCACAACAGCUGCUACAACAACAACAACAACAACAACAACAACAAAGCAAAUGUAAUAUUCGUU